AUGAAUAACUCUACAGUGAACUUCACCACACCUGAAACAUCUACAGACUCUACAGCUGAUUCUUUCUGGUUACUAGAAAGUCUGAGAAUUUGUGUGUUCAGCAUGAAUUUUCUGUUUGGUCUUCCUACACAUUUCUCUGUUAUAUGGCUCAUCAUCACAGGAACGGGAAGUGGAGUGGCAUUUGAGUUCUUCAUCCUCAAUCUCUCUGUUUGUGAGACUGGAACCUGUCUGAAUUGUUUGUUUUAUAUUGUGUCAGUUUUCUUUCCAAGUAUCUCAAAAUUACCACUGUUUUUACUAGGACUAGUCUUCACUGGUCGUCCUCUGUUUCAGUGUCUGAUGUGUGUUGAGCGUUACCUGGCAGUGGUUCAUCCUGUAACCUUUCUGAAGUACAAACAUCUCAGAUAUAGAGUAAUUUUUUCGACUUUGGCUUGGAUAAUUAUUUUUGGCACCUGUUUAUUUUGCUUAUUUAUAAACUUCUGGGAAAACAGUCAACUACAGUCUCAAUUUUUCUUGCUGCAGUUCCUUCUCUUCCUCUUCAUCCAGUUGUUUUGUCUUGUGGCUGUUCUCAGAGCUCUGAAGCAUUCAGGACCAGGAGAGAGAGGGAAAGAGAGAGAGGAGGAAAACCCCACAAAGAUAAAAGCAUUUCAUAUCAUUCUAAUAACUACUGUGAGCAUGACUAUCAUAUAUCUGCCAUUUGCUAUCACAGGAAUAAUUACCAUUCUAACAAAGCAGUAUAAUUAUAUUCUUUGGAUCACUGGUUUGGUUUGUUAUGUGCUGGCUGGUUUUGUGCAGCCUGUUCUUUAUCUGCACCGGGCUGGAAAACUCUCCUGCCUUUGUGUCUAA